ACAGUCAUCAACCAGAACGUAUCGGUGCCGCAUUCAAAUCUUGAUUCCCGGGACCGCCUUUUCCUGCGAUAUUGUCGAAGCGAUGGUCAUUCGAACAUAUUGCUGAUGAGCUCCAUGAUUGAGGGCAGUGAUGACCGGGCACGAGAGGAUGAGCUCGACUUGGGGGAAGAGGACGAGGGAGAUGUUCAGCCAAAGACUAACGGUGCCUCUGUCGAUGGAGUGUCACCUGAGGGGUAUGGGGAGGGCUCAAUGGCAUACAUCGAAGAGGAUCUCCCCGAUGUAGCUAGCCCAAACCAUUCGGUCGAUAGAAGGAACACCCAACUUGACGCCGGUACGGGCAAUAUACCAUUGUCGCCCCGUAUCAGACAGCUUGGUACUCCCGGAAGCGUCGACGAGACAGCUUCCACUCCGGAUGAUACUCCUUCUUUGCAUGAUUCUCUUUUGUCAUCGCAAAGUAGCAAUGCUUUGGUCCUUCGAAGCUCGUCUCGUGCUAGUCCAAGCCCGUCGCAUCGUCCCUUCGAUCUCCGCUUCCAGUCUCGCCUUUCGUCUCCGUCUUUGAGCGGGGCUCGACCGUCCUCGCCGUUUUUCGCUCACAUUCACUCCCGACAGUCGUCGCUUACGAGCCGCCUCACUCCGGGUACCGUGGAUUCCGAUGCUGAGACUCCCCUAGGCCCUUGGGAUGUCAUGCGGUGGACUAAGUUAAGAAAGAUAACUGGCCAGGCAUUUUCGGAGGUCGGUAAACGUAAUUUUGGCUAUCCCACAUGUUUGGCGGUCUCUACGACCAUAGUGAUUGGAACGUCCAAGGGAAUUAUCCUGGUGUUUGACUAUCAACAAAGUCUCAAAGCGAUCAUUGGACAGGGGACUAAGGCUACCGAAUGUGGAGCAAUCACGUCGUUGGCACUAUCCGCGGACCACACGACGGUUGCCGGGGGACAUGUCUCGGGCGAUAUAUUCACAUGGGAGAUUGUGAGGCCGGCGCGGCCUUUUCUUCAAAUACCCCCUCUCUCCGAAACUCAUAUCGAUACUCGCACUGCGGAUGGUCACCUUCCUGGAUCGCCUGUCAUUCAUGUAGGCUUCCUUGGCACAAGGCGCACUGCGCUCGUAUCCGCCGACAAGUCAGGGAUGGCUUUUUCACAUCUUGCGACUCGUGGCCUGGGCGCGAUGGGACGGACAGUGAAGACGACAAGGAUCCUGGGUCGUUAUCCCCAGCAUAUAUCGCACGGCAACCGGCCGCGAAAGCCAAGCUCUGUCCUUGCCUUUUCACCCCUCCCGCUUGGAAACGUUGAGCAGCCAACUGAUUCUUUGGGAUUGGUUGCGAUGCUUACACCAUAUCUCCUAGUAAUUGUCUCAACAACACCUAUAGCACAGACCCAACAUAAAGCCCCACGCCCAAAAGAGGUUGCCGCCCAUGGCGCAAUGACUGGAGCAUUGGCAUGGUUUCCAGCGAUUAAGCUCAAGGGCAAGGACGCGCAAGUUUCAAAAACAAAACUUGUUUAUUGUUGGUCAAAUGUGUUGACUAUCUUAGAGGUGUCUGAGAUUGAAGCAGACGAAUCACCCAGCAGGGACAGACCACCUAGCCUGGAGUUUAAAGCGCGGAGCAGAUGGAAGGCCGAAGAAGCAAUUGUUGCUGUGCAAUGGCUGAGUCGUUCGGUCCUGGCAGUGCUCACUAUAACGCAGCAAUUACUUAUUCUUGAAGAUCAUUCUAUGCGUGUAACGGAUAGCAUCGAUCUUCUUAACAAACAUAUAUACCAUGCCGAUUUGUUCUCCUCUCAGCUUCACUCUCUGGUCGAACAGUUUAAUGAAGAAGAUACCUCAAUGCAUGGCGUGGUGGCCGAUGCUUUUUAUAUGAGCUUUCGCUCUUAUAAAGGGCGUCUGUUUUUGUUGGGCUAUAGCGAUGCACUGGUUGGAGCCCUCUCCAAUUGGGCAGAUCGGUUACUUGCACUCAUGGAGGCCGGAGACUUUAUUGGGGCCAUCCGACUAGCUACAUCCUUCUACAAAGGCAGCGGAGAAAAGCUCACCAUCGGGCUGCCUGAUGAAGAUGCACUGAGACAGCCUAUCGUGCAAGAGAAAAUCCUGGAAAUGGUGUCAGCUUCGCUGAAGUAUGCCUUUGGUCGGAACCAGGAAGCCAACACUGAGCGGCUGAGCAAUCGACAGCUUGAGGAAUUGGCCGAGGUCUCCAUCUCGGCCUGUGUGUGUAUGGACGAUGAGGAUUUUCUUUGGGAUGAUGUAUUCAACUGGUAUGAGGAGCAUGACUCGCAGGGCGUCUUCCUUGAUGCCCUUGAAUCAUACAUAGUUGAAGGGACAGUGCGCACUCUUCCGCCUACUGCCGUCAAAGCGCUUAUCAAUCACUUUGCCACGAACCAUACUGCCAGCCGGUUGGAAGAGAUAAUCUGUCUGCUUGACACGGCCACCAUGGAUAUUGACCAAGUGACGACACUGUGUAAACAUUAUAACUUGUACGACGCAUUCAUUUACGUCUGGAAUCGCUGUGUAGGAGAUUAUGUGGGGCCACUACAAGAACUCCUAGCAUUAGUCCCACCCCAAGGAUCUUGGGUUAACGGGGGCUCGGUGGAUGAACUUAAACGAUAUACGAACGCGAUGAAGAUGUUUCCAUAUCUCUCGUUUGUCUUAACGGGCCGUGUAUACCCUACUGGGAAUGACAUGGAUGACACCGAAGCUACUCAGGCUAAGGCAGCCUUAUACGAAUAUCUCUUCUCUGGGAAUCUGUCUGGGGCGGAAUCAGGGGUCCACAGUCAAUCGAAUGAGUUGUUCUCCGAUCUGCAAGCUAUCCUGAAAUUCGAUACCCCCAGCUUCAUGAGCAUGCUCAAUGAAGCAUUCGAGGAUAGUUUCUUGAACGAACAAGAGCCAGACGAGACACCUUUCAAAGGAAUAUCUAUCAAUCGGCAAUACUUAAUCAGCAUACUGCUCCAGGUCAUGGCACCGUCAACCUUUGCUUCAUCUGAUACCAUUUACCUAGACAUGUUUCUUGCUCGCAACCUUCCUAAAUACCCCCAGUACAUUCUACUCUCUGGAAGCACACUCCACCAGGUUUUGGAGCGAUUGUGUCGAUAUCCAAACCAAGACAUGGCAGAGGACUGCGAACUCAGCGCAGAGUAUCUCCUAUCUUUCUAUCACCCUCCAGAUGUUCAGAACAUGAUCCCGCUCUUCCGGGAGGCGCGUUUCUUCCGGAUUCUCAAGUCAACCUAUCGCUCCGAGAAGCAAUUUCCGGAGUUAAUUCUGACCUAUCUUGAAGACCGCAGUGGGCAAGAGGCGAUUUUUACCUGCCUACAGGACUGCCUGCGGGCCGGCUCCGGGUUAGGGAAAAGGCAAAGGCGAGAUGUCAUAGAAGUGAUUAAAACCCACGCUGGCCAGAUAGCAGGCAUAGAUGUCCAGAAGGCCGCUCAGACAAUGCAGGAUUAUGCUCCCGAAACGCAUGCAGUGUUCCUUGAAGCUCUGGAAAACGAUGCCUACGAACAGUACCAGUACUUGACUGUCGUGGUUGACCCUACGACGCAUCCCGGCGCUGAGCGACAGCUUUCGAAGCCAGUAGAGAAUUGGAUGGUAGAGCGCUAUGUGCAAUUGCUUUGCAAGUACAACCCUUCACACGUCGCUGAUUUCGUUGAUGAGCUACGAGUUGGCGACGUUCGACUCGAAGAACUGCUGCCUUCAAUGGAAGAAAGCGGGGUAGUGGAUGCAGCUGUCAUUCUGCUGGCCAGGCAAGGCCAGAUCAGAGCUGCUAUGGACCGUCUCAUUGCGCAUCUUCAGACACUCGAGUCGGGUCUCGUUGGCAUUCUCCGAAGUAUACAGGAGACCCCAGACUCCGCCAGCACGGCAGAAGCGAUUGACGAUCUUGUUGAAUCUCUAAACAAGUAUGUGCGUGUUGGUACAUGGUUGUGCCAAGGCCAGUCGAAAACAGCUAAGAAGCCGCGGAACGGCGAGAGGAAUGGAAUUGGAAAACAUGCUGUUGACCAGCCUCUCUCGUUCGAUGAGAAACUCUGGCUCGACCUUAUUGAAGCUGUCGUCCGUACUGCCAGUAGUGUGUUUGCCCUGAUCCAGAAGGAACACGCGGAAAAUAAAUUGACCCAACUGGCACCAAUAAUUCCGAGGAUGGGGAGCAAUUCGACCCAGCUAAUGUCAUCUGUCCGUACAUUGGUACAACAGGUGUUCACGGCGCUGCUCUCCAGCACGGUCCGGGUUGGCGGAGCUUCGACCGAACGCAACGACGUUGCCUUUCUCCGAAUUCUGCGAGCAUUUCUCACUCGCGCAUCCCACUGGUCUCCUUCGCUCCUUGAACUCCGCGCGGUCUUGGCUUCGAUCUUCUCAGCUUAUACUUACGAGAAGUCACUCCUGGCCCUGGCCAACGGGAUGCUAGAUCGGGAUCUCUUUGUGCAUGUGGACGAGGUAACGCGACUGCGUCAAAGGGGGUGGCGGCCGCGAGGCCAGUUCAGAAUGCACGUACUAUCCACUCUCACCCAGGCUCUGAGCCUCUUUGCUCCCCUCGCCGCAGCCGCAUACACACUACAAGAUGACUACGGCACGAACUCAGCGUUCUUCGACAAAUUCAGCUUCUUCACGGGCGGUGAUCCCACCCACGGCUUCGUCAAAUACGUCGACAGAGGUGCAGCCCAAAGCGCAGGCCUAAUCAACGCCGACGGAUCCAUCUACAUGGGCGUAGACUACAAAAACGCCGCGCCAGACGGCCGCCAAAGCGUCCGAAUCAGCAGCAACAAAGUCUACAACCACGGUCUUUUCAUCCUAGAUCUAGCCCACAUGCCCGGCAGUAUCUGCGGAGUCUGGCCAGCAUACUGGCUCCUCGGUCCCAACUGGCCCAACAACGGCGAAAUCGACGUCAUAGAAGGCGUGAACGAGCAAACUAACAACCAAUAUGCCCUGCACACCAGCGACAGCUGCACAAUCAACAAUUCAGGGUUCUCGGGCUCCCUCCUCACAAGUAACUGCUACAUCAACGCCCCCGGCCAAGCCAGCAACGCAGGCUGCGGUAUCAAAGAUAACUCGGCCCAGUCGUACGGGAACGGGUUUAACAGUGCCGGCGGCGGCGUGUAUGCAACUGAAUGGACUGGCGAGGCUAUCAGUGUUUGGUUCUUCCCGCGUUCGAGCAUCCCCGGUGAUAUCGGUAGUGGGCAUCCAAACCCGAGUGGUUGGGGGACGCCGGUCGGCGAGGUUUGCCGGGGCUUGCAACAUUGA